AUGCUGGGUCCGGCACAUCAUCAAGGGAGCCUUAGCCUCGGCGAGUACAAGAAUACUUGGUCGGAGUCUCAUCCAGGCCAGUCUUGCAACGACUUCACGGCGUACGCCAUGUCUCACAUGGGCAGGGCGAAGUCGGACGUGGCCUACAACCCGGCGGCUCCACCAGAGGCAUACACAAACCCAAGCAUCCACGCGCGCAUCAAUGCGUACACGGAGGUGGGAAGGGCGCUCCACGGGGAGACUUGGGAUCCGACCACCGCGCCACUCUCCGGAGAAGCCAUCAUGAGGGCGGGACAAGGGAAGAAGCACGGGCGGUACUUGAUCGCCAACAGCUUGGUCGACACGGCGAGUACGCCUAGUCUCUCGCAGCUUAGGGCAAGUACCACCGACUCGACCCCGCCCAUACGCCUACGGCCUGAGACUUCAGUGGCUAGCGUGCACCAGAGACAGGCCGAGAUGGAGGCAAAGUUUGAGGAGGAGAGGAGGUGCCGAAUGGAGAUCGAGGCCAAGCUGGAGCAGGAGCAGAAGCUGAGGGAGGAGUAGUUGGUUAUGUUGCAGAG